UCUCUCUUGAAUGGGGGAAAGGGGUCUUCUAUUUAUAGGCAUCAGAGAACGGAGAAGUUCGCGGUCAGGCAGGGCAGAGAUCACGGGCGGGAUCUUCUAUGGCAAGGCCGCGAUCUUGCAACGCAGUCGUUUUGGCCUUCGAGAGGGAGGAGAUCGCGAGUUGACUUCUCGGUCGUGAUCUUUCUCACGGUCAAAAUGCAUUAUGGCUGUGAUCUGACUGAAGAAACUAUAUGUUUCUCCUCGGCUCCUUCUUCACGAAGUUCGUGCCCUAAGCCUUCCAAUUCGCGACCGCAAUCUUGGGAUUCCAGGCCACGAUCUUCAACUUGAGUUCGCAGGCCAUGAUCUUGGUCGUGAUCUUCGCUUCUAGGACACGAUCUUCGGUCUUUUGCCCCCUUUCUAAACUUGUGACUUUGUUUUGUACCUAAUUCACAUGUAUCGUCUAAAACACCCUAAAAUCACAUCGAAGUCAAAUAGGAACGAAAUAGGGAUGCAAUUGACGAUGUUCAAGCAAUUAUGCAAACGAAACAAACCUCAAUAUGAAGGGUAAAUAACACCAAUUUAGGUGUUAUCAGUGGACUUCCUAGUUGAAAACAAGAUUGGGCUUGCAGAGGUGUAUGUUGAGACUGAGGAUGUCGGUCAUGGUAGAGUGAGUUAAUGGCGGUGAAUCCUCUUAUUACCACCAUUAUUGAGACUGAGGAUGUCAAUCAUGGUGGAGUGAGUUACAGAUAUGAUGGCGGUGAAUCCUCUUAUUACCACCAUUUUUAAGGUGAUGGUGUUGCAGGAGGGUACGAAUGAGGUGGUUAUUCAAACAACUAUGAAGGAGGUAGUUAUGUAGGCGGCAAUGUGGGAGAUGGGGUACAAUAGGAAGAUUGACUCACUUCUACUAUCACCCUAGGAAGUGGCCAAGUGUAACCACUUCCUAAAGCGUAGUAUAGCGGGUUUGAGUUUUAAUAUCAACCUGGGUCCUAGAUUUGAUGACUACUCGGUGAAUUCUUGUUAUCUAGCAAUGAAACUUUAAUGCAAGUCUAAACUAACAAACUAACAAAGCAAGUAAACUGUUGUAUUCAAGUUAAGAGAGGUCACCCGGAUAUGGUUUCCCCUAGACUGCAGUUAAGUCAGAUUGCAAUUACCAAGUUCAGUUUCUAUGAUAGUUAUACUGCGGAAAGUUCUUAAACAGCCUGAAGUCUCGACUAAAGGUCUUCAGACCCUCUCAAUCUGAGUCUCCAGCGUGCGACUAACCUCCACCGGAGUAAACAGAUUGAGGCCCUAUGAACAAAACCUCCAUUACCGAAGUGAAUUCGGUAUAGAAUAGUGAGUUGGCGCCUCGACUAAAGUCACCAACUCCCUACCUUCAAUCAAGGAUGCUCUAUCAACCUAGGCAGAUAUUCUCAUUCUAGGUUAAAGCAGAAACAACAGGAAUUUGAUCAGGAUUCAAGUCAUUCAAUCAUUCAAACCUCAAUUGAACAUAAUCAAAUCAUAGAAUCAAUACUUGGGUUCAUACAAUCAAAGCCUAACAUACAAAUCUAGGGUUCUCCAUACCCAGAUGAAUGGGAGAACUACUCCAUGGAGAAAGAAGCAAAAGCAGAAUCAGACGCGGAAUUCAUACUGUGAAGGAUGGAUUCAUGCUUCUGGACGUUGAUCGGCACUUCUCCAAGCUCAAACUGGCCUCUAAUGGUGUUGAAGAUCAAGCUAGGGCACUUGGAGACUCUUGUUCGUCGCUUUCUCUCUCUAGGAAUCGCUCUAUCUCUCUCAAAACUCGAAUUCCCUUCUGUUUUGGCUGAAAUCUGCUUAAAAGGGCAUCAGUGGCCAAAGCACGGUCGAGGGCACGGCCGUGCUUUGCUCCAGCCCGCCCGUGCUUUGGCUAGGGUUAAUUACACGGCCAUUGUGUUGGGAGAAACACGGGCGUGUUUGAUGAUGGACACGGCCGUGCUUUCAGCCCGUGUUUGCAGCUUGAAUUUGCCAAACUCAAUUAGCUCUCGGCAGUAAAAGCACGGCCACAGAACACGGCCGUGUUCUGUUUUAGGUGUGCCCGUGUUUUGGCUCUAGCUCGACGAAAUGACUUCCGAAUGCCCCGAAACUCGUGCUUAGCCUUCCCUUUGACGCCUGGGACCUGAAAUAUGACAAAGUAGCACAACCCGGCGUAAAAUAGGCCAAAAAUACACGACUAUGCCCCUCAAACGGAUAAGAACUAGGGGCGCAAAUAUGUGCAAUUACAUCGUUAUCAAAGAUACUGCUCCACAUCAUGUUAAUUCUGUUGAGCCCGCCCCAUUUGUUGAGUCAGAUGCCAUUCAAUGGCCGACUUGGGGUUCAUAAUGGUCUAACAUUGAAAAUAUCAUUCGGGUAUCUAAGCGAUCUGCAUAGAGUCGAGAUGAUGAUGUUGGCGGUGAUGGUCGCGAGGAUCCCACUACGAGAUGCCGAGUUAUCCUUUUGAAAGAGACAAGGAUAGCGAAGAAUAUUUGGGUUCUGUGAGUGAGGAAGAGGAUACAGGCAAUGACGUUGGGGUCUGGGAGCCACCUACUCCAUACUACACAAAUAUCCUUACUCAUCCCUUAUAUUCUCAUAACGAAGAUCCCAACUUUCUCCCUAUGCCAGUGUGGAAUCUGACGGCUGAUUUGGAGGUGGGAAUGACAUUUUCCACCAAGGAUGUUGUUGGUGAUGCUUUUAGAGAAGAAGCCAUGCAGCGGAAUUUUGAGUGGGAGUUCAAUAUUCUGACAAAAAACAACUCUGUGUCAUAUGCAAAAAUGCUGGAGGCGGAUGUCAAUAGGAGGUGCGAGCUGCAUGGAUGAAGAAAAAGUUACUUGGAUGAUUGCACGUGUAGAAACCCUGGCGACAGGGAUUCCGAAAUUGGUUGCUCCAAAUGAAAUUGCUUUAGUGAUCUAUUUGGUAAGUGCCACUCAACGAUGUGCCAACAAAUUAGAGGCACCUUGCACAGCCAAUUCUCUUGAUAUUUGGGAUGCCUUAUAUUGUGCAACUCUUGGACAUGUUUAGAAAAUGGGUCCCAAAUCAUCUACAAUCAACAAACAUUUGCAAUUAAUAAUCUCAAUAUCUACUCUAGUAGACACAAAACACAAAGUAUGUACAAUAAUGGACAUAUGAAUUAUACCUGAUUACACCAAGGCAUGUCGAACUACUCACAUUAAUACAACAAACAGUGCUCGGGUUGAUGGUCAUUUAUGUUUUCACCAACCCACCUAGUAAAUAAAUACAUGUACGAAACUUAAACAUCAUUGCAAUAAAAUACAUAUUUACAAGGUUAAAGGUAAAAAAAAACUUACCUAUCACCAUAGGGGCUAUCUCGUGGUGGUUCGUUAAGCACCCAAUUGUCUGUUGGGCAACGGGGUGCGAAUAUCGGAAGAUGCUCUGAUGCCCAUAGUUCGAGGAGGAACAUAGCACCACCGGCUUGCUUUGUACUCAACCAUGAGGAUCCACAUAACUCUCGAUACACCAUACCUAAAACAGCCAAAUCCCAACUAUUCAACCUGAUCGUGUCCUAAUCACAGAGGAGCAAUGAGAGCCAUAUGCCAUUUAUCCACCUAUGCGCCUUGUUCGGAAACAACACUCCACCAACCAAGGCGAUGAGAUAAACGCGGGCAUACCACUCCACUUGAUCUUCUUGGGUGAAUGCAUCCAACUCAACCUCAUAUGUUAUAUGAUCAAUGAGCCACAGGAUUGAUAUUUAGCCGACGUGCAACGGCAAAUGACUCCAUCCCUCUAUUGUCGUCGGCAUAUCGAAGCCACAGUGGUCCCUGACCUCCUUCUUGAACAGCCGAGUUACCAUUGAUGGCCUCUUCGGUGAUCGACAAACUCAGUGAGGAUGAUGACAUCUCACGGUGUGAUCGUCAUUUCCCCUAAGAAAAGUGGAAGGUAUGU